UACUGCUGUGACUGUAGAUCAAAUACUAGCUGCUUUUUGGCUGUCUUAACAAACACUCAGCAGUAACGCCGCAGUUUGACUCACCCUAAAGCCGCACAGUGAGAAAACUUACUGCGGUUAUUCUGAGACAGCGACGAUGGACGAGGAGCGCAGCGUCUCUCCGGACCUGAAGGACAUAGAGACGAAGUUGGGUCAGAAAGUCCCGGACGGUCUCGUUCGGUCGCUCGCGGGGGGGAAACGCAGCGACAGGUACGAGCACGACAAGUCGGCUGCGCCUCAUUUAGCCAACUGCAAAUUCUGCGCAAACUCUGCGGACCUGAAGAGACUGCAGAGUAAAAUGCUGUUUCUGAGACAGGAGAUGGCAAACCUGCGAGCCAUUGACGUGAAGCUCAUGCAGCAGCUCAUGUCGAUCAACGAGGGCAUCGAGUCCAUCCGCUGGGUAAUGGAGGACAGGGGGGACAUAACCAGCCAAGACGGCAGCAUGAUGGGCAGCUUGUACAGCCUCUCGGACAGCCAGGAUGGGUCCUCCCUGCGGGGCAGCUUCAACAGCCUGAACGACAGAAACAGCGAUGGCCUGGAUGCCCUCUCCGUGGGCAGUUACUUGGACACUCUGGCAGAGGACCUACCCGGGGACUCCUCGCCCACGGACCUCGAUUGUUUAAUGAAUAAACCUGUAAUCUCUGGCGACUCCUUCACCAAAUCGCCUCUGAAACUUAGGGUGGAAUCAGACGAAUACUACUGCUUUAGAUAAUAGUGAUAAGCUAGACAAAGUGGUUCCAAAGACUACUAUUUGACGGGGAAAAAACUCCUCUUUGCUGAGUGUUUGAUUUUCCCAGAGUUUUAAAGAUGUGGAAAUGUCUGGGAAUGUCAAAUUUUCCCUUGACACCAUUUUCCUGAAGUGGAUUAAGAAAACCUCAAACAGUUUUUACCAAAUGUCACGAGAUGCAAGAUAAAUCCUCUCUGUAGCAAUGACUGCCUAAAAAUUUGUCACUUUUAAAAUAAAUGAAAAGGUGCUCAGUUAUGAUUCAUGGUUAUAUUUAUUAUUAGAUUACCCCAUAUGUCUGUGGGUUUUAUUUGACGACAGGAUGAAUAAAAGUUGCUCCACCAGCUGAGCUGCAGAUUUUCCUCUCCUUCUAAGUAGCUGCCGUGUGUUAGCCACAAUCAGCUGAUCGGAGAAAAAGGAGUGCGUUAGGUUUCAGCAGCCGUUUUGAAACUUGGACAUUCAUUCGAGUGGUUUGAUUCCUUCAAGUGGCAAAGUGAUUAGUUUUAGACAUCACAGCAAGUGCAUUUUCUUUCCAUGCCAAAUGCUGAGUGCCACCUAUAACACAAGUUAAACAGUUUUGCUAUUUUUUUAACUGAGUGGAGUUCAUAAUGCUUUUGGUAGGUUUUAUUGGUACCUUCGGCAUGUAGUCUUAUUCAAAGCUUGACUGAAAACCAAAGAAAACUGAUUGUCUCGGAGGUAAUUUACACCUGGGGCUAAACUGCAUUGUAGCACCAGAUGGGAUAUUUGUUGUCGGCAGGCGUGUGUGAAAGGCACAGUCGCUUUGAGGGCACAUUAUCAUUCUCUUGGCUUCUAAUGAGGUGCUUUGUCUGUAAAUUGCAUUUGUUGAUUUGUUUUGACAUUUUGUGUUUAAUGAUGUCUGCUUUUUAAGCUAGCGAAAACAAACUUUGUUAAGAAAAUAAAAUAAUAUAUUAUGAUUUUCUUGUUUUGCUCCACUAUUUAAGGCAGAAAUGACAGAUUUAUAAAUAUACAGCACAGUGAUAAUGUUUGUGCCCUCUUUCAACUGCUAUGUUUUAUUCACACUUUCACACAAAAGUUUUGAAUUAUGACCACAAAUCUUAUCGGACAAAGAUAACCUGCAUAAUGCUGUUUCGAAAUAAUUUUCAGUAUGAAGGUAAAAUGUUGAGGUUUGGAGAAACUGCUUAAUUAGAACUUGUUUCACAGUGAGAAGUAGGCUAAAAUAUCCCAAAAAGCAACACAUUUUGCCUCUAAAGAAAUUCAAAAACAGAUCACUGGAUUUUCCAAAACAAGCAUCAUACCUACAGUCAGACAUGGCGGUGUGAUGGUGCAGGGCUGCUGGUGGAGUACUGUCACUGGCUCUGUCAAGGACGGUGCUGCAUGUUAGCAGAGGCUCAUCUCAUUCGUAUCUCAUUUGGGAAUAAACCAUCCCAAACAAAGAAUUUGAAAUAAAUGAUGCAAGAUUGGACCUGAAAUGCCAACUAUGUAUUAUCUCUGAUGGUAUUCUCAUCUGCAAGUCCAUGUCAUUUGCUCCUUAUCUUUCCUGUGAUAAUAUGAGUUCCAGACAGAUAACAAAGACAAGUCAUUAUGCGAAAUAUGAGACCUUGGCUUGCCAAUGAAUGUUGGGGUAGUUCUUUGACAGGGAAACAGCAUCCAGAUAAGUGUUUUAUCCCUUUGUCAUAUGAACUUUUCUAAUUUGGAAUAAAGAAUUUUUGAGGGA